AUGAAGGUCCAGUUGCUUACUUUAUCAUCGACACUUUUGUUGUCAACAGCCGCUGCUUGGAACCCUAGCCAGCGAGACUGUUCUGACAGCCCCUUGUGUUUCAAAUCGUUCAUAUGGUGCGAUGGGUACAACGGAGAUGGCUGCUUCUUGCCUGAAGGAGCUUACCCUGCCGUCGCUAACCCGAAGAAUUCUCACUAUGUCCUUCUGCUGGAGGACAUGAACUACACCGUAUCCUGGCAAGUAGAUGCCAAGAACCGAGAAACGCCGGUACAGGUCGUGUGGCAGAUCGCAGACGGAGAGAGAUGGGAAACCAAUACCACAGAGUCCCAGGUCGUCUUCAACCCGUCCAAGAUUAUCCAGUCAAUGCAACAAACGGAGUUUGCCGGAUACAAGGCAAUGAUAGACGCCUCGAACGUUCUCACCAUCAGCCAGCCUGACCUUACGAGCAAGGAGAACUACCCUGAUAUCCCAGGCUAUACUCCAUACGACAUGUCGGAUCAAUUCAUCAUCGGAAGCCCCUCGAUCAAAAGGUUCCUCGACGCUCAGAAAGGCAUAGGGCACCAAGACGAGGAGAAGAAAUGGAAACUUGGAGUAGGUAUAGGUGUUGGUCUCGGAGUGCCCAUCCUGAUGGCUUUGACUGCGUUGGGAACUUGGUUCAGCGUGAAGAAAAGCGUCGCGAAGCGUGGUUCAAAUUCGAAGCCAAUUUAG